AUGGCCAUGCCAGUAGGCGACACGCUUCCCGAAGGCUCUGGCGAUGUCAGAGAGGAAGGUCACGAUGAGUUCCAGACGCCAGACAAGGCGACCGCCAUCGCCAUCGCCGACAUCGAGGAACACUACGACAUCGACUCGGACAACUCCCCACUCCCCGAAGUACGCGCCAACGUCCCCAACGUAGACGACCCGUCCAUGCCCGUCAACACCCUGCGCAUGUGGGUCAUCGGCGUGCUCUUCACUAUCAUCGGCACCGGCAUCAACCAAUUCUUCUCCAUGCGGUACCCCAGCGUGACCAUCUCCUCCCUCGUCGCGCAGCUGCUCGCCUUCCCCGUCGGUCGCGCCGUCGCGCACCUCCUCCCCGUGAUGAAGCUGCGGCUGUUCGGGCGCGAGUUCUGCCUCAACCCGGACCACCACUUCAACAUCAAGGAGCACGCCGUCGUCACCAUCAUGUCGAACCUCUCGUUUGGCCCGUCGUGGGCCACCGACAUUAUUCAGGCGCAAAAGGCGUCGGCGUUUUAUGGACUCGAUACGCCCGCCGGGUACCAGUUUCUGCUGGCGCUGACGAUGCAGCUCUUUGGGCUGGGUAUGGCGGGAAUGGCGUAUAGGUUCAUCGUUGAGCCGCCGCAUAUGGUCUGGCCGUCGACGCUGGCUAAUGCGGCGCUGUUUCAGACGCUUCAUGGGCGGGCGAACCCCGAGGCCGAUGGGUGGACGGUGUCGAGGUAUCGCUUCUUCAUGUAUGUCUUUGCUGGUGGCUGGCUAUGGUACUGGCUUCCGGGCUUCCUGUUCACUGGCCUGAGUACAUUUGCAUUCAUCUGCUGGGCCGCGCCCAACAAUGUGGUCGUCAACAACCUCUUUGGCAUGACGACGGGUCUCGCCUACCUACCUACCACAUUCGACUGGUCCCAAGUCGCCUACAACGGAUCGCCGCUCGUCGUCCCCUUUUGGGCUCAGGCAAACGUCUUUGCGGGAUGGGUCAUCCUGUUCGCCGUCAUCACGCCAAUCCUGUAUUACACGAACACCUGGUACACUGCAUACCUCCCCUUCUCAGGUGGCGACACGUACGACAACACGGGCAGCGUAUACAACGCCACGCGCAUCGUGGACAAGGGUGGCAAAUUCCUCGUCGACGAAUACCGCAAGUACAGCCCCAUCUUCAUGCCCGUGACGUUUGCGCUCGGGUACGGCAUUUCUUUCGCCGUGAUGAGCUGCGUGCCGACGUACAUCUUCUUGAACUACUGGCGCGACAUGAUCGGCGCGUUUAAUCCUAACCGCAAGAAGGACAUUCACGCGCGCCUUAUUGAGCGCUACUCUGAUACGCCUUGGUGGUGGUAUGCUGCCCUGAGUGUCCUCAUCUUUGGUCUGACCAUCAUGGUGCAAGAGGUCUACCACACCGGCAUGCCGGUCUGGGGCAUCGCCGUGGCAUUUGGCCUCGCCAUCUUCUAUCUCAUCCCCACCGGGAGCGUAUACGCAGUCGCCAACCUCAACAGCAACGUGCUCACCGUCCUCGGGGAGAUCAUCUCAGGCUACCUACUCCCAGGGCGCCCCAUCGUCAUGCUCAUCUUCAAGUUCUACGCCUACACGGGGCUUAGCCAGGCCAUGAUCUUCGCGUCAGACAUGAAGCUCGGCCUGUACAUGAAGGUGCCUCGACGGACGCUCUUUGCCGCGCAGCUGACGGCCUGCGUCGUCGGCUCGCUGACGCAAAACGCCGUGGUGCUCUGGAUGCUCAACAACGUGGACGGCAUCUGCGAGAGUGACCAGCGAAACGGAUACACGUGCCCGCAGGGGAGAGUCAACUUUUCGUCGAGCGUCGUAUGGGGCGCGAUCGGUCCGGCGAGGCUGUAUAGUAUUGGCAAGAUGUACUCUGGGCUGCUGCACUUAUUUUGGAUUGGCGCUCUGCUCCCCGUGGUGACUUUUGUUCUGAGACGGAGGUUCCCCGAAUCCAGAUUCCUGGCGAACCUGCACUGGCCGCUUUUCUUUGCCGGCACGGGUAAUGUGCCCCCGGCGACAGGGAUCAACUACACGUCUGCCUUUGCAGUGUCGUUUAUUUUCAAUCGCUGGAUCCGAGGGCGAUAUCCGCAUUGGUGGGGAAAGUACAACUACGUCCUUUCGGCUGCUCUCGAUUCUGGUCUGGCUAUCUCAGCCAUUGUCAUCUUCUUUGCCUUGGUGUUCCCCAAGGUGAACCUGAGCUGGUGGGGGAAUAACGUUCAAGGCACGACGGUUGACGGACAAGGGAUUCCCUGGAAGGCAUUGCCCGAGAAUGGCACCUUUGGGCCAUCGGAGUGGGUGUAA